AUGGCUUCACCGCAGAGCCCUGAGCAAAGCAUAGUAGCAAUAGGCAAGGAACAGUUACGUGUACCUCAAGGAAAUGGCACGAUCCUUCUCGUCACUAUCCCUCGCCCACUAGACAAGGUUGUCGCUUCUGUGCGCAAGGCAGUGCAAGCAUCGAGUCGUUCAGACCAUAAAACGAAGAAAGCCAUUCAGCAUGUUCAUCACGAUAUUAGGCUCGUGAAAAUGGAUAUCAAAAGGCAUGGUGUGGUGAUCCAGGAUGAAUUGCAUGUUGCGGUACAAACGCCAGAACAUGCACAUGCAGCGUCAUUGGACCCGUUUUCCCUCUAUCAUCAUACAUCGCCGCUGCAGGAAGUUUGCGGUGGGCCAUUAUCGUAUGAGGACAUAGAGAUGACAGCCAUGCCAUCCAAACUUGACUAUGACAGUGAGCCCGACUUUGAGUACACGUCCGGCGCAAACGUGUUUGCAUGCGAAAAUCGACUGGAAGAAGAACAGGAGAAUUCCCAAGCCGCAACCAGGUGUUCCGCUGAGCUAACAUCUACGCUCCAUAAGCGCAUUGAGGAGCAGGAAACUGAGUCCCAAGAUCAUUACCUCACAGACCCUAUGGAGAGCUCUCUAAGAACACUUCGUCCGACAAAACUCCCUCCGACAGAUAUUUCUCCGAAAGAACGUCCAUCUACUGUCGAAAGUGUGUAUCAAUUCGGCGCUGGUUUUGACUUUGGUGAGACUGGUGGGGACUUGCAAGGGCUUUGCAAGGGCUGA